AUGGCCGACAACCAAAUUGCGCAACUCCAAUCCGACCUUCAGUAUUACACCAAUGAAGUCACAACUCUCAGAAAACACUCCCAACAAUUACAACACCAAAACCACCAACUAGUCGCCGAAAUCCAACGACUAAAAGUCGAAAGCUACGAACUCUACCGCUCCAAUGACGCUCUACAAGCCCAACUAUCCCACUACACCCAGCCUACCCCAUCACCAGCUCCCAACCAAGAAAAAGACUUCACAAUCCAACGCCUGGAGCAAGAGGUUGCCCGUCUGGAGCAGCGCGUCCUCGCCGAGAAAGCCGUGUUCAAAAACUUCGCCUCCCAAAUUGAGUUGGUGUUCGAGCAGGAGGACCGGAUGUUGAUCGAUGCAUUCGCGGAAGUGAGGGAGCUUAAGCACGCUGUGGAUAGUGGUGGGGAGGAUCGACGGGGGCUAUUGGACGCUAUAAAUGAUCGGGAUACGCAGAUUCUUCAACAGCAGGUCGAAAUCAGGAAUCUUCGGGAAUCACUUUUGAAAAUGGCAAAGAGAAAGGCGGCCUAG